AUGCAGAGUAGGUCGACUCACAGGGGACCUAGUCGUCGUUGGACUCGCUCCGGCGAUGGGCGGGCGCGCCCGUGGAGGCGGACUGGGAGAGACCGGCGGAGUCCCACCGGCGGAUCUGGGGAAGGCCAGGUGGUCGGGCUGGAGGAGGCCGGCAGUGGCUCUAGGAAGGUCGGGCGGCCUCGCUGGGGGAGGCGGCGGCUCCGGUUGAAGGAGAAGGCGGCGACCUCGCUGGGGGAGGCGGCGGCUCCGGUUGAAGGAGAAGGCGGCGGCAUCUUGGAGCAGAGGCGCCCGCGGCAGUUGCCAGGGGGAGGCGGCCAGGGCACCGGCAGGGGCGCGGGGAAGAGGGGUCGCGGGGGAGUCAGAGGACGCGGUGGCGAUGGGAUCCAGGCCCGCAGCAGGGAGGCGGGGUCGGCCGGCGGGAGUUGA